AUGCUGUUCCUGUCCAAACAGGUCAACCAGCUGAAGGAGCAAGUGGAGGAACAGCAUCUAGACCGCCGGACUGUAUGUUGGAGAGAAGUGAGCGAGAUGGUUGACUUCCCACAGUUGGAUGAGGAGAGGCUGCGUGAACUGACGUGUGGAAGUUACCAGCUCCGUCUAUCCCCCAGCUAUGCUCAAGAGCACAUAGAAGGGGGCUGUACCAUCCACAUGCACAAGGAGGAGGAGGGACUAUUGAGGAUACGUAUUCAGAGCAGGCAUAUUUCUUCAAAGACCUACCAACUCUGGAUUAGGUACAAGGAUGGUGACAUUGUUGCAUGGUAUUGCAAGUGUAGAGCUGGUGCGCGGGUUGUUGGCAUGUGCGCUCACACAGCAUCCAUUGUAUGGUACCUUGGGUAUGCGCGGCACAGAUGUAACCCAGGCAGAAUUGGAGUGCGUGACUGGGGAGAGUUCUUGGAGGAUGCCACAGCCGUGGACGAGUCUGAAGAAAGCGACAGUUCAGGUGAUGAAAGUCCUGUAGAGGAAUAA